AUGAGCGAACAAGGCACCAGUGGUGGAGUCGACAGCACUCUGGCGUCGGGUCGCGCUAGGGCACAGACAGAAACCGAAUCUGGCCCAGUCGAGCCGGCUGCCGAAGUUCGGAGCUCGCCAGCACCACAAAAUGUCGUCGUGGGCAACUUCACAGGCGGCGUCGCAUCACAGCAAGAUCCACGGUCAUCUGCCGGAACAGCAAACAGAGCACAAAGCCCCCCGGAUGCUGGAUCCGCGACUCCGCCUAUGGCAUAUCAGCCAAGUCAGCACCCAUCACAGUCAACACUCCAUCCCCAACCGAUAUCGCCUGAACAACUGCAAGAGCAGCAGAAGCAAUUGCAGCAAAUUGCCGAACAGCAGCAGCAGAACCCACAAAUCCCACCGCAACAGCAGCACAGCCACCGAGAGCAGGCAACACAAAUCAAGUCGAAGCAGCGUAAGCAGCACGCACACCAGUCCCCGUCUCAAUCACGACAGGCUCAACAGUCUUCGUCAGCAGCACACCCUGACUUAUGGCAUCCUUACCACCAACGGCAGCAGGAUGCGCACUCGCAGAAGCUGGAACCCCCCGUGACGAAAGCUACACUCAGCGAGCUAGACGUGGGCAAAAUCAUCCACAACCCUAAACUUCGCCACGAUAUCAACUAUGACCCGGAUCUACACUUCCGCCCGAAUCUCGACGGAGAAAAAGGCCGCAGAAAGCAGGAGAAAGCACAGCAGUUCUGGAACACCCUUCGUGGUGAACUCGUCCAGUUCGUCUCCAACCGUGAUGAGUUUCUCAAGGCUCACGACAACGGCGAAGAGUGGUCAUUACCGGCCUUGCUCAACGCCGUCAAGGACAUCAUCCAGACACUCGUGCCAGCCCGUGAUCGCGAGUUGCUGGAGGAAGGGCUUAAUGUGCCCUUGCUGAUGCAGCAAUUCAGCCGAGGCGUCGUCGAUCUGGAAAAGCUCGCGGCUUGGCUCUCGUCCGUUCUGAAAUUGCACUGCGCUCCGAUGCGGGAUGACUGGGUGGACGAGAUGUAUAAGGAGCUUAGCCGCGGCAACCGGGAAAACGACAUGGACGAGCUGGUCCGAGGCCUAUCCAGCUUGCUGAGUGUGCUCGAGGCCAUGAAGCUUGAUGUGGCCAACCAUCAGAUCCGCUGUCUGCGGCCGCUGCUUAUCGAGGACACGGUGAACUUUGAGCAGCGAUUCUUCCGCAAACGAGUCGAGAAUGGUCGCAUGUCGGUCUCCAGCGCCGAACAGUGGUAUGAGCAGGCAAAGGUUGACUUUGAAAGCCCCGCUAUACGGCAUCGGCAAGCUUUUGGCGAGAUGGCAACAUUCUUCACAGGGCUAUGCCAGCUUCUGUUGCCGUCUGUCGAGGCCAAGAGGGUCCCGAACACCUUCUUGUUUGACGAGGAGCGUCUUCUCAAACUGCGCUCCGACAUGCUGGACGCCAUCUACUUGGAGAUCUGCAUGAAGGUGUACGAUGAGGCCGACGGUGUUGCUUCAUCCAGCGCGGCGGCUUCCCGUUUCAGCCCGGCUGCUCUUGCGGUUCCGGCUUACGUAUUGCAGCGAAAUUCACAGAUCGGAAGCGAAUCCUGGGUGACGUCUUCGGCCUCUGUCUUCGACUUCAACACUCCACCAUCAUCUAUCGUCCCUGCUUCGCCGACAUCAUCGCGCCCGUCCAGCCUGGAUUUCAGUACCUUUGGGUCGACCACGUCGUCCCCCCGAAACUCUGCCACUCCUUCCAACUGCGGCUCAACGCCGCCGCAUUUCGCUGCCGACUUUGCAGAAGACCGUCUGCGAUCCCGGGAUUUGUACUCCCGGCUCGUGGCACUGCUCCAGACGGCAACGCCGGGUGUUCCAGCAGCGCAACGAUGGAGUGAUCUGGGACCCAAGAUGGCCGUAGAGAUCUACCGUGCUCUCUCAAAGUCGCGGCAUCAGCAGCAAACGUCGUUGGACCGGAUAGAGCAGCGCCUCGAGGCGGCCAUGGCCACGGGUUCUCAUGUGCAAAAGAAGGUGGAGCAUACAUUCCGGGGACGGCUACUCUCUGCACUUGCACGUCGUGUGAGGGACUACAAGACAAUGCCUAGCGUCGGCUUGUUCGUUGUCGCUGCCGGUGGUCGUAUUCACCCGACACCAGGCCGUUCUACAGAGGCCACACCCGCCAUUGUUCCAGUGGCGCCGACUACUCGCGAUGUCGAUCCUCGGGAGGACGGCGGAGUUGAGGAGAUGGCCACUCGCCUGGCACACCUCGGCAUUCUCCAUUGGCGAGUCUGGGGUAGCAUUGUCUACGAACGGCAGCCUACGGAAGAAGGCGACAUUCUCCUUGUCUGA